AUGGUGGAAAGGUGUGAUCGUCUGAUGAAAGAUGUUCGCCAAAGAGAGAUCGCUGAGGCGAAAGAACGUUUAGCCAGGAGUCGAGACAUCGCGGAAAUUUCUAAUCAGCGUAAACAAUUUCUACGUGAUCGUAUUGAAGAAAUGACUCAAGAGAAAAAUGCCGAAGGUGAUUUACGAUAUGUUCGCAAUUACCUCGAGACAACGGAGGCAUUCAUCAAUGCAUCUGUUGCUCAACGGCCUAUGACCAAUCGCGCGUGGAAGAUGCUGAAGCCAAAGAUUGUCCAAGAACACGAUGCUCGAGCGGAAGAGGAAAAUUGGAAGCAGAGUCAAGAGCUGCUGACGAAACAAAAAAAAGAUGCUGUCGACACAAGAUAG